AUGGCUUUGAUUAAUAUCACCAAUAUUGUUUUCGAUUAAGACACAGCACUGUUUAACAGUCCAAUUCAAAUGUAAAUUACUUUCGAUGUAAUGAGAUAAUUAGAUGAAGAAAUUGAAUGGAAGUAUUAAAUUAUUGAAACUUAGACUUAUUUAUAUUGGAUCCCCAAAUAGUGAUAAAUAUGAUCAAGUACUUGAAUAAUUUUCCAUGCCUCCUUUACAAUAAGGAACAAUGUAAUUUACUUUAAUGAGUUCUGGUCCAAAUUUUGAGCUGAUUCCUAGUAAAGAUGAUUUAUUUGGCGCUAGUGCCAUUAUUCUUAGUGUUAAGUAUAGAAAGCAAGAAUUCUUUAGAGUAAUUAUUUUGAUCUAUUAUAUAUGAUUAGGUUGGUUACUAUGUUUAUAAUACUUAUUUGGAACCAGAAUUAAUUGAAAAUGAUCCACCUUAAGUAUUAAUAGAUAGAGUAUACAGACAAAUCAAUACAUAAGCUCCUAGAGUAACUAGAAUUAAUAUUGAUUGGGAAGGUUAAAUGGUUUAAUUGUAUGUUAAUCCUCAAUAAAAUAAUCAAUCCUUUAUGUUCCAAUAAUAACCAAUUUUCAAUGAUAUUACUAAUAAUCCUGAUUAUUUACAAUAAUCAAUAUAAGAUAAAAUACAAUAACCAUAAUAAUAAUAACAAUAAUAUUCUGGUGGAUUAAAUAAUAAUUAAUACACUGAUCUUUAAAGCAUAUUUUGA